AUGACCAACAGCAGCAGGGAAUGCAAUUUUACAGACAUCGACAGAUUAGCAAAGACCCUGCGGCUGGGGAUCUCCAUCCCCACUUUCAUUCUCGGGCUGGUUCUCAACGCCCUGGCCCUCUCUGUGUUCUGCUGCUUUUGGAAGAAACAGACCAAAACCUCAGUUUACAUGAUCAACCUCGCACUUGCGGAUGUCUUGCUGCUUCUCUCGCUCCCCCUCAAGCUGUACUACUCUGUCACGGAAGCGCCCGGACUCCUGUGCUCAUUCAUAGAGUCUCUUUAUUUCGUCAACACGUACAGCAGUAUCUUCAUCAUCGUCUGCAUCACCGUGGACAGAUAUAUCUGCAUAAGGCACCCAUUUGAAGGUCGAGCUAACCAGUCUCCCAAAUGGGCUACCUUGAUCUGCUGCUUCAUCUGGGCAGUAGCUUGGAUUUGCAGCAGCCCAAUGUAUGUGUUUCACAAGAAGGAUUAUUUUAAGUGCUUUUACAACAUGUCAGAACAGGCAUGGAGUAUCCCCCUCAUUGUUUCCGUGGAAAUCUUCGGAUUUCUGAUCCCACUCAUAGUGAUGGUUUUCUGCUCUGCCCAAAACAUCUGGAUUCUGCUGAAUCAUAAAAGUCAAGCUAAAAAGAAGGUAGAAGGCAGUAGUUCCUUACGAGUCAUUAUCAUCAACCUCGUGGUGUUUCUGGUGUGCUUCACACCCGUCCACCUUGCGAUCUGCCUGCAGUGCCUGGUAAGACAGAACGUGAUCGUGGACUGCAGUCUCAAGCAAACCAUCAGCCUCUUCAUUCAGGUGUCAAUGAUACUAGCCAACCUGAACUGCUGCCUGGAUGCCAUCUUUUAUUACUUCGCUGCAAAAGAAUUCCGCGAGAAAACACACCUGAAAAAGGUUCUUGAACUCUGUCCCGGCUUUAAGCCUCGUGCCGUAUGA